GAAGGUUCUAUCCAGUAUCCAUAGUCCUCCGUCCUUACUAAGGCGGGGAAUUCACACUGGCUCGCUCGCGCGCGCGCUCUUACAUAAACACUCAUUUUCCCCUCUCUGGAGUCUUGAGUAAGAUUUUGGCGAUUUAUCUUUGUUUUCUGAGUCUGGUUAGGCUCUCCGCCGCGGCUCUCUCACACUCUACCUCGCCUUUGUUCAUCUUGAUCAUCGACUCCAGGGUUUCUAUUGCACAUCAAAUGUCUGUUGAUCUCAACAACAAUCAUCCGUGGUUUAUUCAGUGCAAUUUCAGUUUUAUGAAUCGUGGUCGAUUGUGGUGUUCACGGCGAGUAUUGUUUCGUCAUUGGACUUGACGAUUAACAUUGGUCUGUGCAAACAUUUGGUUGAAGACAUACAUUUUAUUAAGUGUGGGAAUAUUGGGAAUUUUAUUUACUAUUCAAAGGAUACUUUGCUUGGAGCUUUGAGGCUGAAGGGUUUUAGGCUAUUGCUCGGGAGAGGUGGAAAAUAACUUGGUUUUCUUUUAGUUUUCUGAAGAUAACAGUACACUAGAAUUUUGAAAUAAGUAUAAUAUCCCUCUUGGGGUGUUCAUCAUGGAGAGAAUGUUCCUUGCACCGGGCUUUCGUUUUCAUCCUACUGAAGUUGAAUUAAUUCUUUACUACUUGAAGAGAAAGAUCAUGGGGAAGAGACUCCAUGUUGAAGCUGUUGAGGUGAUAGAUCUAUACAAGUUCGAUCCUUGGGAUCUUCCAGAAAAAUCAUGCUUGAAGAGCAGAGACCUUGAAUGGUAUUUCUUUUGCCCAAAGUAUAGGAAAUAUUCAAAUGGGCUACGGGCAAAUCGUUCCACCGAACAUGGGUAUUGGAAAACUACUGGAAGGGAUAAACCUAUUUGUCAUAAUUCACAGAGAGUGGGAAUGCGAAAGACUUUGGUUUUUCAUGAAGGCCGGGCACCACAAGGGCGUUCAACUAAUUGGGUAAUGUAUGAGUAUAGGCUUGAAGAUAAAUAUCUUGUUGAUGCGGGUAUCAUUCAGGCAACAUAUGUGAUUUGUAAAAUCUUUGAAAAGAGUGGCCCAGGCCCAAAAAAUGGUGAACAAUAUGGGGCACCAUAUAGAGAGGAGGAUUGGGAGGAUGAUGACAUAAGCAUCCCCGUUGCUGACCCUGGUUUCUCAUCGCUUGCCCAGGAUGACAUAAGUAUCCCUGUUGGUGACCCUGGUUCCUCAUCCCUUGCCCAGGCUGAAGAACAUCCUCCCUUGAGAGAGGACAAUGACAUUGUUUCAAUCUUAGCAGUGUUUGACAGAGAUGAUGGUGCUGCAGUUUCCAAUGGCAAUGAUUGUAAUCAGAACUUGGGUCAAUCUAAUGUUGAUGAAAGAGCUCCUUUGGAGGGCUUUGCAAUUUAUAAUGGUUUGGAAGAUCUUGGUUCUCCAUCAGAUUUGAAGACAAAUGGACUUCAUUUCCAUAGUACCAUGGAAACUGAAUAUACUCUCGAUCCGAAGCUUCAGGAAGAUGAUACAUCUUUCCUGGAGUUGAAUGAUCUGGAUUACCCAAUGGAUUACACUGCUGAAACCAAUGGUUGCAUCACAUUAGUUGAUUCAUAUCCCUGCUACAAUGAUCUCAAUAAUUUGGAAGGCUUCUGUGGUGCUGGUCUACCUGCUUCUGGAUUAAGCAUGUCCCACUCUCUAUAUCCUGAAGGAUCUGAGGUUGAAGCUCAAUUGCCUACAUUUCCAAAGGAUAAAGGCUCUGAAGGUGAUGGAAGUCACGUGAGUAACGCUGCCAUAUGUAACCUUACUGCUUGCUCAGGUAGAGAAGCAGAAGAGAGAGGAAUAAAAUAUUUCCAGCAAACCCUGGGAAGAGGUGAACGGCAAAAUGCAGCCCAUCUUGGACUUCGUUUUCUGUUGGAAUCUAUUACGGCUUGUCCUGCUUCAGCCAUAGAGUAUCCAUCUCCUACCAAUGGAGGGAAGAGAUUGAAGGGUGGUCGUCUCUUAUUGACGUAUGGUAGCUCCUCCAUCCUUGUAGAAGCUGAUGUGAAUGUUAGGUGUGGGUGCACUAAUGAAGCUUUGUUGGAAAAACUGGGGGAGUUUCCUUCCAUGCGCUGUGGGUGCAAUGAGUUGCGGAAUCCAAGGAAGUUGGUGGGUACAUGUGGCCGCACCAGGUUCUUAUUUCUAUUUUCAUUAAGAGUGGUUUCAGGUCUGAUUUGGGUUUUACUCCUCGCAGUAGGUUCCAAGUUUAGCAGGUGUGCAUUGAACAUGCAUCUUUCCUGCUUUUCAAUUGCUGUAUCCGAUUCAAUACAAUCUGAUUGGCAUACUUUAAUUGUAUUUAAGCUUGUCUAGUAAAUGAAGUUAGCACGCCUAUGGGCGCGUUAAAUGUGUGUA